UUAUUUUUUUUUCUAUUUGAGGUUUGAAGUCAGCAUCUCUUUCUCUUCAAAGUUUCAACCCAUUGUGUUCUUCAGCUGAAGACUUGAAGCACAGCCAACCCAGAACUGUAAUGACCGAUAAUAGGGAUAGUGACACUCUAAUAUUGGUUGAUAAUUCAUUUGGAAGGCUUCCUGAUCAUCUCCUAAUUGAAAUUUUCAUCAGACUGCCAGUUUCAGAGUGGGCUCAAAUAUCUUGUGUCAAAAAACAGUGGGCCAGCUUGUUUCUCGGAGAAUGCUUGUGGCAAGCUGCUCUAAUGAGGACAUUUCCGUCAGCUAGCCAAGCUAAAAGGUGGCCUGGACCUAUUCCUCAAGGUCUAAGCAAAAGGAGAUUUGCAGCUUUAUAUGUUGGUAAACAUAUCUUUGCACUAGACGAUGAGAUAGAUGAGAUUUUAGGCCACACAUAUUUAUUUUUGAAAGAGCAGCUUGAACUUUCAAAUAUGCCACCUCCUUCCGGGAUACUUCAUGGAACCAUAAUCGAUCAAUUUAUCACUUGUGGUAAAUCAAGAGAUGUCGCCCAUGAGCUUGCUUCGCAGAUUUGGCUGGCUGUUCUUGACAAUUUGGACGAAAACCAGCACACAUUUCUUUUACUUAAGCGCCUUGCUCUUGAGGGGGACGUUUUUCUUCCGUUCCCGUACUCUAGAUCAAUCAAAGUACAAUGGAGGGUGUUCGAGAAGCUCUUCACAGAUUUCCGCGACUGCUUCGAUCCGGCAGAUUACUAUGAUGUUCUGGCAAUAGCGAAGAACAAGUUUCAACCGAUUCCAUCUGCAUGGUUUUAGGUUUGAAGAUGUACAUCAAAUCCUUUGUAGCAAUCUAUUAUAAUGAAGAAAUUUGUAACAUUAAAGUUGGCGUUGUUUUUCAAUCAAGGCGUCUACAUGUUUCAAUACAAUUGUUAAAUUUGAUGAGCUAACAGAUCAAUUAAAAAAUCACAACUCGACACUUCUUAGACUAGUGUGUAGAUUUAAAAUGUUCUCCAAUCCACCAUUUGUAGCAUACUUGAACUUUUGAUGAUGAUGUCCAGACUAGAAUAUCAACCCAUUUUUCAACUGAAAA